CCUUUUUCAGUUACCUGUGUCUCUGGCAGUUUACCUAAACCGACAAAUAUCACCUUCUCGUCCAUAAACAUGAAGAACGUCCUACAUUGGGAUCCACCAGAAGGCCUAACAGGAGUUGAAGUUCUUUACACUGUGCAGUACUUCAUAUAUGGCCAGAAGAAAUGGCUAGACAAACCCGAGUGCAGGAAAUCCAACAGGACGUACUGUGACCUCUCGGCUGAAACCUCCGACUACGAGCACCAAUAUUAUGCCAGGGUUAAGGCCAGUAGGAAAGCAACUUGUUCCAAAUGGACAGAAACGGGACGGUUCUACCCAUACUUGGAAACACAGAUCGGUCCACCAGCUGUUGCCCUGACUGCUGGUGAGAAGUCCAUCUCCGUGGUUCUGACGGCUUCUGAGAAGUGGAGGAGAACUCUGGAAGAAGGUGCUGUGUCCAUGCAGCAGGUGUACCCGGCGCUGGUGUACAAUGUGUCCAUGUACAGCCCCCAAUCCCACAGAAUGUGGUGGCAGUGUGUGGCCAACGGCUCCCUGGUGGUCCCCUGGCUGGAGCCGGACACUCUGUACUGCGUGCGGGUGGAGGCCCUGGUCCCUGGGCCCCCACGCCUCCCUCUGCCUUCUGAGAAGCAGUGUAUCAGUACUUUGAAAGAUCAGACACAGGAGUGGAAGAUUAAAAUAAUCUUCUGCUAUGUUUUGCCCAUUUCUGUUACCGUGUUUCUUUUUUCUGUGAUGUGCUACGCCGUGUACAGAUACGUCCACGUUGGCAAAGAGAAACGGCCAGGAAAUCUGAUUGUGAUCUAUGGAAAUGAGUUCGAGAAAAGAUUCUUCGCACCUGCCGAAAAAAUAGUGAUGAACUUGAUCAGCAUCAGUGUGCUGGAUGGGGCUACGGGAAACCAGAAGGAUAUAUGUUUAACGGAAACAAGCGGAGGCUUGUCCGACCUUCUGGACACUGAGGCCAGAGAGGCCCAGGAGGCCCAGCAGGAGGAGGAGGAGGAGGUGAAACACUUAGGGUAUGCUUCACACUUGAUGGAAAUGCUCUGUGGCUCGGAGGAAAACAUGGAUGCUCCUUCCCUCACCCAGCCAGCGGCACUCUGCAGAGCCAGAGCCACAACCACGGCUGUAGGAACAGUUGUAGAAUAUGAAUACGAUGUGCGAAUGGCUGACAUUUCUCUGGCGCCCGAAGACCAAGAGCUUAAGAUGCAGGAGGAGGUGUGCAUAGAAGGCAUCUUCCUGGAGCAACAGGCCCGUUUGGCAGACAGGGACCCACAGACAUGGUUCUGUUCCAGUGCUCCCGAGCUCGGAGACGUAGAUCCUGGGACGAUCAAGCUCACAGAGGCCCAGGAGGGACUCGAGGAGGAGCCUGCAAGAACAGUGGUCGACUGGGACCCUCAGACUGGCAGGUUGUGUAUACCUUCCUUAUCUGACUUGGAACCUGACUCGGAGGGAGAUGAGAGUCCAGAGGGCAGGGGGCUCCGUGCAGAGGGCCUUUUGUCCAGGUUCUGUAAGGAGCAGGCUGCGGACAAGCUACUGGAAGAUCAUGAAACAUAUCUUGUGCAGUUUUUGGAGGACUGGGAAUUAUUUGUACAAAUGGGAGACUAACACCAACGUGUCACUUUGCCAGAGUCUGAGUGAACUCAGAUGAGCGCCGGAAUAAGAAAGGCCCCUCACUCAGCGCUUCAGGCCUCGGGGAGGAUGACUUAGCUCUGCCUCCUACGUGAGGUUGGUUCAGGCACGUGUCCCUCUCGCUGUGAUGGUAGCUGACUCAUUGCUUUAGACAAAGUAAGAGGCAAUGCAAUAAAUGCUGGCCCCACAGGAUGCAGAAUGUGCCUAGGCUGGGUUGGCUGUCACCUCCUUGUUGUUUUCUAACAAGCCCCUUUCUACAGUUAUUUUCUGGGUGGUUACCCUGUGUCCAGAGGAAAAGUCUGGCCAUCUCUUUCUGAAAAAUCAGCCCUGGAAACCCCUAUGGAGCUGGCUGAUACGCUCAAACACAGGGAGUCGCCAUACGUCGGAACGGACACCCAGCAUUGGUUGGGUUGAUUGGUUUUUGACCUUAAAUCUGCCACGGAUGCCCCGUGGGCCGACGUGGGUUAACUGAUGUGAUGUGCUCACAUACACUCCAGCUCCUUGAGUACCUUCCUAUAGCCGUUCCAUCUUUGAUUCGCCAUUGGCUUAAAAAUUAAAUUUUGCAGCCACCCUGCCUCUACAUCUAUGAGAUGGAGUGCUAUCGAGUUGCUGAGACUCAGCCACUUUUGAGCUUCAAGCCUAGCAGCUUCGUGUUUCCCGUGCAUACUUGUUUGAACUCUGAGUUCACUGACGGUCCUGCAGGAGAACAGGGGGCCUUUGUGGUCUCUCGUGUAUAUUUUUGGUGGAGGCAGACAACUUUGACAGGUGAGCUGGAGUGUGGCUGGAGUCAUGGGCUUUUGAGAUUGUCCAUGAAGCCAAACAGCUUCUGUUCUAAUGGUUUGAUGUCAAGUAUAAUGAUCUUAAUCCGUGUUCUGUCCUCAGUCUUUGGCGUAAUUAGUCUGCCUGGUUUCAAGGAGCAAAUUUAUAACCCAAAACCACACUCACUGCCAUCGAAUGGAAGCCAACUCAUAUUUAUAACACGAAGGAUAAAAGAGCCUGGGGGUAGAAAAGAAGGAGUUAUUAAGGGCACAAAGAAAAUGAAAUGACUGACAAUAGUUCAUGCACGUAUUUCGAUCACCAGAUCUUUAUCGCGCAUCUACUAUGACCUUCAAUGUCCUUAUCUGAGAACUAAAUAUAACAACCUUAAAUACGUUA